AGAAGGCCACUAGUUCCUGGCAGAAUGGCUUCUCACCGUCUGCUCCUCCCUUGCCUGGCUGGACUGGUAUUUGUGGUAUUUGUGUCUGAGGCUGGCCCUGCGGGCACUGGUGCAUCUAAGUGUCCUCUGAUGGUCAAAGUCCUUGAUGCCGUCCGAGGCAGUCCUGCUGUCAACGUGGCUGUGAAGGUGUUCAUAAAGGCUGCUGAUGAGACCUGGCAGCCAUUCGCCUCUGGGAAGACCAGUGAAUCUGGAGAGCUCCAUGGGCUUACAACUGAUGAGAAAUUCAUAGAAGGGAUAUACAAAGUGGAAUUAGACACAAAAUCCUACUGGAAGGCACUUGGCAUCUCCCCAUUCCAUGAAUAUGCAGAGGUGGUGUUCACAGCGAAUGACUCUGGCCACCGCCACUACACCAUCGCAGCUCUGCUCAGUCCCUACUCCUAUUCCACCACGGCCGUCAUCAGCAACCCCAAGGAAUGAGGGACUUUUCCUUCAGUGGGAUUUGAAGGAGGAGGGACAGGAUUUUAUGGAACCAAUAGUAUUCCAUUUUUACUAAAGCAGUGUUUUUACUUUAUAAGCUAUGUUAGAAACUCAGGCAGAGACAAUAAAACAUUCCUGUUAAAGCAUU